AUGAGUUUUGAAACCGAUUCGCUUAUCGUCGAAUUCUAUCCUCAUGACACGGUGGAGUUGUACACACUGCGGACCAGUCGAGACACGAAGCAUACGGUAGAUCUGUCUGAGACGGCAAAGGCAUCCACGGCCCCCGAGUAUGGGACUGAACUGUUCGGGUUUGGAGCACAACGACAGGGAGCCCACGAAGAGAAAGAACGGGAUGGGAAAAAGGCGAUUUCUCACGAUGGAGAUUGCGGGAUGAUCUACGUCGACGAAAACGGAUUUGCGCGUGUAAUGCAUCACGCAAUUACUGGGAACGCAAAGGGAUUCUACGCUUCUUGGGGAAUUUCACUCCAGCGUGUCAUGACAAAACAUGCGGAAUAUUUUGGUAUCACUCCUCCGGUUUGCCAUGAUGUUAGCCGCCUUAAAAUCGCAUCUCUGCAAGGUUCUGCCCUACAGCCGCCACGCUUUGAAGCUGUGUUCGCCCCCGGAGAAGAGCCAGAAGGUGAUCCGGUAGUUUUGGGCAAAGGGUACACCACCUUUGACGUUUUGUUUGCCCCCGGAGAAGAGCCAGACCUAGAAGAAGAUCCGAUGGUGUAG